GAGAAAAAAAAAUUGGAAACAAAGCCACAUCUAAUGAAAAAAAUAUCACAGUAGUAACUGAAUUAGGCAAAAUUGAUAUUAUGACUGCUAUUCGGCAGGAUAGAUUAAGUAAUAGAGAUUUUUAUUAUUACUGUGAAAAUAAUUAUUCUUUUGUAAUCGCUGAGAUUAUCACAGUAUUUGAGAAACGUGGAUCAAGUUAUGUUCGUAUAGACUUAUUAACAGGCUUAAAUGAGGGAAAGAUCCAUGCGCGUUUAUAUGAUCUUAAGUCAGAUUCAGCAUGUGAAUUUACUCCUAUUAUAAACCAAAAUUGCAUACAAUUCAUAUGUGAAUCUAGCUCAUUUCAUUUUGUUGCAUAUUUGGGUUCUGUAUCAGAAGAAUAUCACGGAGCUUCUCACUGGUUAGGAAAAAUGAUAAAAUUGUGUGAUCUUCAAUAUGCAACAUUUUCAUUUUGUUGA